UGUCCCCAGUGCCGGCCUCGGGGUGGCUGGGCUAGGACCCCAGGCUGGCGGGAGAAAGACCCGCCCCUCUGCGUGGGGAGGAGCCUAGAAAAGGGAAUGGGUCCGGGUUGAGAGAGGAGGGGCCCUGUACCCGAGGGCUCCGAGCCCUAGCGCCCGAGCCGCAGCUCCUCCGCCGAACUUACACCUCCUGCAGCGACCGAGUGGCGUGGGCCGAGCGUUCGCCCACCUCCAGCCCGCGCAGCCUGGUGGGGUUGCCGCGGAGCUUGACCUUGGGUAGAACCUGCCUGGUUGCGCAUUUUCAAGAAGUGCGACUACCUUGACGUACACUUGCAAAGAGCCGGCUUCGAGCCUCUUCUAGAUCAAAGCGCCCGCCCACCUCCUGGCGUUCCCCAUGCACCUGCCCGGCUGCGCACCUGCCAUGGCCGAGGGGAGCUUCUCGCUCGCCGGCCACUUGCUCCGCAGCCCGGGUGGGAGCACCUCGCGGCUGCACAGUAUCGAGGCCAUCCUGGGGUUUACUAAAGACGACGCGAUCCUUGGCACCUUCCCGGUGGAGCGGGGCGCCAGGGGUGCGAAGGACAGGGAGAGAAGGCUGGGCGCGCGGCCCGCCUGCCCCAAGGCCCCCGGGGGAAGCGAGGGGCCCUCGCCCCUGCCAGCCCCAGCGCCGGUCCCGGAGUACGAAGCCUCUCGCCCCUAUUGCCCCAAGGAUCCCGGAGAGGCACGUCCUAGCCCAGGGCUCCCCGUUGGGCCAGCCCCUGUCGGGCCAGCUGCCGGCGACGCUAAGCUGUCGGAGGAGGAACAGCCCAAGAAGAAGCACCGGAGGAACCGCACGACUUUCACCACGUACCAGCUGCACGAGCUGGAGCGCGCGUUCGAGAAGUCCCACUAACCCGACGUGUACAGCCGCGAGGAGCUGGCCGGCAAAGUCAACCUACCCGAGGUCCGGGUGCAGGUGUGGUUCCAGAACCGACGGGCCAAGUGGCGGCGCCAGGAGAAGCUGGAGGUGUCGUCCAUGAAGCUGCAGGACUCGCCCCUCCUCUCCUUCAGCCGCUCCCCGCCCUCGGCCGCCUUGCCGCCCUUCCUGAACUCCCCGCCGCUGGGCCCCGGCCUGCAGCCGCUCGGGCCGCCGCCGCCCGCCUACCCGUGCGGCCCCGGCUUCGGGGACAAGUUCCCGCUGGACGAGGCGGACCCGCGCAACAGCAGCAUCGCGGCGCUGCGCCUGAAAGCCAAGGAGCACAUCCAGGCCAUCGGGAAGCCGUGGCAGCCCCUCUAGGGCCCCGGGGGCGUGCGGGCCGGGAGGCGACCCAGCCGCGCGCGCCGGGCCGCCCUCCCCGCCGACCUCGCUCGCUCGCUCGGCCGCUCUCCGCGCCCGCCGGCACCGCAGGACUAGGCUGCUCCAGACCGAGGGGCAAGGCCAAGCCUCAGGCCCGCAGAGGACCCAGGCCACCGCCACGGACCCCCAGUCCUGCUGCCGGAGGGGGAUAGCUACCCUUAUCCCCGCGUGCGCCGGCGCCUCCAGUCCCGAGGGGGCCCGCGCUCCAGACCUUGGCCUUUCCCAUGGAAGGAAAAUCCGAAAAAUAGAGUUUGAGAAACUGUCGAGUAGUUCGAAGUAUUUGGAAGGAGAAUUAAAUAUUUGCUUGUUUGGAGCUGAGUGUGGUUAAGCGCUCUCGGGGCUGCAGGGCAGAAGCAAACGUGGGGUACCGGAGUACGGUGAUGGACAGCGUGAAUCAGGGAAUUGAGAAUCACACGGGGCUCGGGGAUCCUCCGUGCUGCAAAUCCUGGGCACACUUCGCCGCAGGGGAGCACGGUUCCCAUCCUGGCACGCUGUCUCACCCUUCCCUAGCAUGGGCAUGGGGCGUGUGGGGUCUAAGGCUCAGCUGCCUGCGCGUUCCCUGUUUCCUAUUUCAAUACCCGGGCCGCAGUCGCUACUUUGACUCCAAUAGGAAGCGUCUACACCACCUUCCCUGGGUAAAACCUGAGCAUCCCAAGGUUCCUAAAGACCUCCGUUGCGCCCUGUCCAGUCUGCCUGUGCCCAAGGGCCCCUCUCAGACCAUUAUGCUGGUCACUGGACUUGUUAGCGGGACUUGAUAACAGUUUUCCAAGGACUGAAGCAGGGCGACUCUUUCUGAACCCUGAACUUCUUGUCUCCCCAACUCGCACACCACCUUCCAACCUAGAGGUCUGGUAACCAUGUGUCGGCUACUUAUGAUGCUCCAGCACCCUAUCUGCAUUUGCCUGGUGCAGGUGGGGAGUACCAGCUUUGGAGCACAAGAGAAAUCAUAGGGUCUGGGGCAGCCUUCAGAUACCCUUGAGGUCUACCAAAGCUCCGGGUGAGGUCCAGGACUCCUGCCUGAAUGCCACUGUAUCUGCUGUUGACCCUGAAGUUGAGCACCGGCCCUUCUGCCCCGCCGUGAGAGUGGAACCCCCCCGAUGGAUUGUGACCAAGACCUUAACACUAAAAACUGUCUGUUAGCGUCAUCGUGGUGCUCUCCAAUUCCCUUUCCUGAAUAGAUCACGCCUGAUGUAGGUGAGAAAGGUGGAAUAAGAUUUACACCUGAUUCUGUGUAAACUGCUGAGGACCCGACAAAAAGCAAUACACAUAAUCUUGGAACCUUGGCAAUGUCUCCAGUUCUUGAAACUUAUUUGGGAAAUGGAUGAUUAUCCCAGGGCUGGCAGUAGGACUGUCAUCAUGGAUCCAAUCCUUGUCUUUUGGGUCCUGAGAGGCUACCACGUAGCCAAGGCUG